UUCAUUCCAUUUCCCAUUCACAGUACGUGGGCGCUUUUUAAUGAAACGCGCCGAUGUGUGGGCAAAACUCCAUUCCGACAAGUUCUUUGUCGAAUGAAGAACUAAUUUCGAGAAUUUUAUUUUAUAAUUUGGGUACACUCCUUUAAGUUCGUAUAACACCAAAAUCAUUUGAUUCCAUUCUUAUUUUUAAUAAAGUGCUUAAAGGUCACUUUUUAAGCAGGUUUAUAACCGUAUAAAAUUCCAAUUGAGACGACUUCCUGAAAUUCCCUAUCUUGUUCCUUUGAAUUUUUAUGUGCAGAAUUGAUAGCUUGAGAAUGAUUUCUAAGAAGUGCCCAAUGACUUUUGCAUCGGCGGGUGAUAAGAAAGCGGAGCAGAUCGCUGAAAAUAUAAAAGGGCAGCGAUUGAUACUGCAACUUAUGAGUUACACUCGAACAAUACACAGCAGCGCAUCAAUAUUAAAGAUGAAUUCCGCACUGCAAAUUAGCUGCCUUCUCGUUGUCCUUGGCUGCCUUCUGGGCUCAGGACACUGCCAAAGUGAAGCCGAAUUCACGGCCAAGUCCCGAGAAAUAGCCCAGAUGUUCGGCAAUCCCUCCGUUGAUAAAUACACGAAGGCUCGCAAUUUGCCCGCGCUGCUUGCCUUUUACGAGAAAUACUCCAGUCGCCUUCGACUGACACCUCAGGAAAGGAAUAGUAUCAAUAAUGCUAUCAGGCAGUAUAAGGCACAACGAAACCAGCAAGUUGACGGAGUAUCUGCCCAGGGAGGAUGGUUGUUUGACAUCAUCAAGACAGCUAUUUCAAUCAUUGUAAAGGCCGUUGAAUGAGACCACAUGGUGAAGCUUGUAACUUUUAAUUUCUGUCACUAAUUGUCAAAAUUGUGCAAUUUAAAUCGUUACUUUGCCAGCUCAAGUAAAAGUCAACUUUUCAAAAAAC